GCUAAGCUGUGUCGUGUGUCCUGUCGACGGAGCCACAGAGGCUCCUUGGAGUAAAAGUGGGAGGCAGCUGUGUUCCUUUGGAGGCUUUGGACACUGGGCUGUUUCUGCCAUUCAAAAUUCCCAGGUUCGUGUAAAGGGCGUGUGCUUUGGAAGUGCACUCAAGCACACUGGACCCGCGGAGCACGCUGCAUGCAGCAGGGAGAGGGAGACUGCCACUCGGGGACCAUGGACCUCGGCUCCCCGCCAUCCACUCAGCUGAAGAGCAGAGGCUGCCGCAGUAGCGGGAGAAGUGGGAGCUGCUUUCUCGUCAGGCACACCCCUCACCCCAGGAGAGUCUGCCACAUCAAAGGCUUGAAUAAUAUUCCAAUCUGUACUGUGAAGGAUGAUGAGCUUGUACUCAGAACACUGCAGGGAGGUGACCAGUUCAGCCACCUAGACAAAAAUGAUACACCCCCUUCCAAAGGCAACUACCUGCCCAUUCCUGCAGCCCCAGAGAGCCCUGUCCGAGGAGUAUCGCCAGCCUCAAACAGUUUCAAGAUGCUCUUGCGGCCACAUUCUGAGCCCAGUAGAAAAGUCAAUGAGUGCUUCAAAACUUCCAGUGACAACCCCUUUGUAAUACAGAAGGAAGAAUUUAAGGCCAAAAAGCUACCAUCACCUCCAAAGGCAAGCUCUACAGCUGGCUCUUACUCCUCAGAGGCAAGCCUACCCAGGCCUGAUGUCAAAGAGAAGACCGUGUGCAUACCAAACUACCUGGAGCAGGAAAUAAAAAUCCUGGCAAAGCUCUGUGACAUUUUACACACUGAUUCUCUGGCAGAAGUUCUACAGUGGCUGCUUCAUGCAAGUACAAAAGAGAAACAGUGGGUCUCAGCCCUGGUUCACUCGGAGUUGGCUGAGAUAAACUUCCUAACUUGCCGCAGAAGGAACCAGGCAGGGGAAUCUACAGCAGCGCCUGGGAAGCCACCCAUGGCUAAAUCGCCUCCUGUUGGCAAGUCGCCUACAAACUCACCUGCAGAAUCAAAAGUGCUGGCAGCAGUGAGGGAAUCAGCCAGACUGCCAAGUCAAGGAUCAGAAGGAAAUAAGGAAUCACCAAAAGGGGCUGAGCACAAGCCCCCACUGUUUAUAAGAAGCAACAAGGUGAAAAUACCUGUCACAGAGUACUUCAGCAAACCAAAGUCUUCUCUCAGGCUUGACACUUGGGACUGCAGACCAGCGAAGCCAAUGUCUGCAAGGAGUACACAGCAAGGACUGAAUCUCUGUUCUCGAAGAAUGUCUUACCCUUUAACCCAUUAAAGGUAGAAACUGCAGGCGGUGGAACUCUGCAACACACAUGAGCUGCACAUUGUUGCAACAUCAAGUCAUUUUUUAAAAAAGAUUUGAGUGAUCCUCAAAUGUGGUGACACAUACAAAUCUCAAAACACCCGCAUAUAAUCUAAAA